AUGGGGCCCCUGUGUCCUUGCCCAAACUCAAAAAAGCCUAUGAAAAGGUACCAGGGGAAUCUCAUGGGGCCCCCUGCUGACUCCGGGCCCUCAAAUGGGGAUCAUAGGGCCCCUGUGUACUUGCCCAAACUCAAAAGAGCCUAUGAAAAAGAUACCAGGGGCAUCUCAUGGGGCCCCCUACUGACCCCGGGCCCUCGGGCAGUGCCCGAGUUUCCAAAUGGUCAGUCCGCCCCUGGUUGCAUGACCGUGCAAUUGUCAGGUAAAUUAACGCAGCACCAUAUCAGU